ACGCAUUCCAAUCCUUCCUGCGAUCAACUGCUUAUCAAUCAUACGCGACUCUCGCGCGCAAGUACGCAACCACCGCGUUUACUCUCCGCGUUACAACAAAACGGAAAACCCCUCACAGCCGGGCUGUAGAAUGUGAUAAUCAACCCGCCGAUGCAACAAGGCACAAGCCUCGCGCCAACAGUCGCAACCUGUUGAACUUGAUCAAACUUGAACUUGGCUCAGUUCUAAUCAGAACGUUGUCACAGCCGGACUCGCCGAGGAUUCUCCGCUAACCGCGCUAACGUCACGCAAAUGGGUGCCAUCUGUUGGUGGAUUUUUUUCGUCAUCGGUCUCCUGGUGACUGGUGCAUCCGUUGUGGAGGAAAAUGAAGAUGGGACGAGUGAGAACGAUAUCGGGUUGGAGAAAGCAGACGAUUGUUUCAGGAUUGACGAUGAGGAUGCGGAUCUGACGGUUCCCCAGCUUAUCACCAAGUAUGGAUACAAGAUGGAAAAUCACGUCGUGGAAACAGAGGACGGAUAUCUGCUCACGAUGUUUCGGAUUCUGCCACGGCAGGCGCCGAUAUCGAAGAAAUUCCCCGUUCUGAUAAUACACGGUCUGCUGGGAAGCUCAGCCGAUUUCGUGAUCAGCGGACCGAACAAUAGUCUGGCAUACAUACUCGCCGAUAACGGUUACGACGUUUGGCUGGGAAAUGUGCGUGGUUCGCGUUAUUCGAAGGACCACUCUUCAAUGUCGACCGAUUCGAAGGAAUACUGGGACUUUACUUGGCACGAGAUGGGUUAUUACGAUUCACCGGCCAUGAUCGAUCGGGUGCUGAACACGACCGGUUCGAAGAAGCUCCACUUCAUAGGACACUCGCAGGGGACCACCACUUACUUCGCCAUGAGUUGCAGCCGACCGGACUAUAACGGGAAAGUGGUUCUCAUGACGGCCCUAUCGCCAGCAGUGAUCCUCAAGCGAAUACGGAGUCCUGUUCUCCGGCUGAUGUUGGAUAUUGCUGACCCGCUGAAGGAGGUACUCGAUACUUUGAAUGUGUAUGAAUUCCUCCCAUACAACGCCAAUAAUAUUCGGAUUGCACGUUCCCUCUGCCCACAUGAACAGAAAAAUAAUAUUUGCUCGCAAUUAGUGGGACAGAUAACAGGACCCCAUCCGGAAAUGUAUGAUCAGAAAGUAGCCCUCGCUUACAUGGGUCACAGCCCAGCGGGUGCGUCCACCAAGCAGAUGAUGCACUUCGUUCAACUCGUCCGGAGUGGACUGUUCCGUCAGUACGACUAUGGCAAAAAGGGAAACCAACAAAGCUACAACGACUGGAAGCCCCCGAACUACAACCUAUCCGUCUCGUCAGCUCCGGUUCAAAUUUUCUACGGGUUGAAUGACUGGAUGGUGCAUCCGCGGGAUGUCCAACAGUUUGCGAAGAUGCUGCCCCAGCUGAUCUCGGCGGUCCAGAUACCGGAUAAAAAGUUCAAUCAUCUUGAUUUCAUUAUGGCGAAAAACGUUCGCUCCCAGGUGUACGAUAAGCUAAUGGCAGUGCUGGAGCAAUACAACAGUUUCAACAAUUGAUUCUCCCCUGUUUUAAUGAAUGUGAGAACAUUACAACAUUAUUAGUAACUGCGAAGAAAACGAUGUUCGUGUUCUAGGCGCGUUCUAACAAUCUAAACCGGGUUUGAUUGGCGUCAUCUCGAUGGGAUAGGUCCCGAGUGGUAUAUUGUAAUUUUACGUUUCGUGAAUUAACCCUUUCGUGCUCAUUGAGGCAAUAAGAGGA